AUGUUGAGUACCAUUUGCCUGGGCGUAGUAGCCCAAGAUUUUUCAUUGGAUGACUUUUUUAAAGAAGUGAAUCAGUUGGAAUCUUAUAGGACUGAAUUAAUCGGAAACAUUAUCAGUUUGGUGAAGAAUAAACGAUCUGUAACUGAGUUUGAAUCAGCUGUCAAUGACACUUUCAAGAAACUGGAAAAACUAUAUGAAUCGGUGAACUUCCCCUCUGACACGACAAAGACCACCAGCACAACACCAGCACCUACCAGAGCGUCGACAACAACAACAACAACAACAGCGCCAAUCAAUAAGCCAAUUCCCAAAUGUGGAAAUAGUGAGAAUAUUAUUUGCGUCAAACAUUGGAAUUGCCAAGAUCAAAAGAAGAAACAAAACAAAUAUGUCAUUGACUUAAAUGCCCCAAACAACUGCCACUAUCUGGAGGUCUGCUGCAAUACAGCGCAAAUCCGCAACGAUAGCCUGCCCAUUGCCGUGGAAUCAGAGUGGCCUCGAUGCGGCGACACCAAUUCAAAAGGCGUUUACAUGAACAUUGUUAGCCGAAACGCGGAGCAUGCUAACUUCGGGGAAUUCCCCUGGAUAGUGGGCGUCUUCAGGAAAUCGAACGUGUUUCUGACCGGUGGCUCGCUUAUUGCCUCACGCGUAGUACUUAGCACGGCCAUGGAGGUGAAUAUGCUAACAGACUUAAAGGUCAGGGCUGGUGACUGGGAUAUUGCGACAGAGAACGAGAUUCUACCUUAUCAAGAGCGUGAGGUCAACAGGACUGUUUCCAUGUUGGCACAGCGAAAUAAUAUCGCUUUGCUCAUACUCAAAGCCAAAUUCAAUCUGGUGCCCCACAUUGGGCUUAUCUGCUUGCCCGAAAAUGGGCUUUUCAAUUUGGGGAGCUGCCGUGUGGUUGGCUGGAAUGACAGGCUCAAGCGUGGACGUCAACUAAUGACCAGCAUGACGAUGAACCUUAUGAAAUGUGCCAACGGCACAGCUGAUGGUCUCAUCUGCGGCAAAGGUCAUCAGCGAACUCUCAAAUAUGCCACGGGAGCGGCGCUCGUGUGUCCCAAGAUCAAUGAGAGUGACGAUCGAUAUUACCAAGUUGGAAUCUGGAGCCAUGGGGACGGAAUAGAUGCUAACAUCAUGUUUACGAACGUCACAAAAUUUCUGACUUGGAUUCAAGAUGAAACCGCGAGAUUUUGA